GUUGUCGUUUUACUCCAUCAACAAUAAAUUAAAGAACUUCGAAAUAUCUGGAUUCAUCGAUUUAUCCCAUAAAAUUAACAGCUUAAGAAAACUCUGAUUGAAUCUGCUUCUGCUUCUGCUUCACCUUUCUGAACCAUUUUCAGAUUCCGACCAAUCUUUCCACUCGCGUUCGAGGCAUGCUCGGGUGUCUUGUUCUUGAGGAAUUCAAAAACUGCCGAACGAACAUCGUCUGUUUAAUCCAGUUUCUCUUCUCCUUCUGAGCUCAUCAUUGUCUUCGGAUUUUAAGGGCUCGGCCAAAGUUAUCGUUUUUGGCUUAGUUUCUGAUUUGGGUUCUUACGUCAAGCCACCAUGCUUCUGGUUUCGCCUCCCUGUAGAGGUGUUUAUCCUCAGUCCAUUGCUUCCAACCCGAUUGAUUUUUCUGCUAGAGGCUCUUAUGCACUUGCCUUUCAGAUUCCUCGUCCGAUUCUUAAAAAAGAGUGUUCAAUGAGGUUCGUUUGUUUCAAUCAGAAGCCUAAACAGCACCCGAAUUUCAAGAAACGGCAUGUGUCUACACAGAAUGUAGAUCUUCCUCCUGUGUUACCCAAGAACAAGAAAAAACCUUAUCCUAUUCCUUUUAAGCAAAUUCAGGAAGCAGCUAAGAAAGACAAGAAACUUGCACAGAUGGGCAUAGAGAAGCACUUGGACCCUCCCAAGAACGGGUUGCUUGUCCCCACUCUUGUUCCUGUCGCCUACGAAGUCAUAGAUAACUGGAAGUUGCUCACCAAGGGUUUAGCACAGCUUCUCCAUGUUGUUCCCGUCUUUGCUUGCAGUGAAUGCGCGGCGGUUCAUGUGGCUAGUGCUGGUCACAAUAUUAGGGAUUGCAGUGGUCCAACAAGUUCACAGCGACGUGGUUCUCAUUUAUGGGUCAAAGGCACCAUCAAUGAUGUUCUGGUUCCUGUUGAGUCGUACCACAUGUAUGACCCUUUCGGGCGGCGUAUAAAGCACGAAUCCCGGUUUGACUACGAAAGAAUCCCAGCGGUUGUUGAGCUAUGCGUCCAGGCUGGUGUUGAGAUUCCAGAGUAUCCUUCUCGCAGAAGAACACAACCAGUUCGAAUGAUAGGAAAGAGAGUGAUCGAUCGAGGUGGAUAUGUAAAAGAGCCUGAUAAGCCUUGCAGCUCGACAUUGUCAUCAUCUCCACUAGCUGAUCUUGACACACUUGGUGCUUGUGAGAGGUAUCCACCUCCCACACCAGAGAAGGUACCUAAGAUAGCACAGGAAACAAUGAAUGCUUACGAGAAAGUGAGAUGGGGUGUGACCAAACUGAUGAGGGAGUACACGGUGAAAGCAUGCGGAUACUGCUCUGAAGUGCAUGUAGGACCAUGGGGACAUAGUGUGAAGCUGUGUGGAGAGUUCAAACACCAAUGGAGAGACGGGAAACACGGAUGGCAAGAUGCUCUUGUGGAGGAGGUCCUUCCUCCUAACUAUGUAUGGCAUGUGAGAGACCUUAAGGGAACUCCGCUUACCGGAAAUCUCAAGAGGUUUUAUGGUAAAGCCCCUGCUUUGGUUGAGGUUUGUAUGCACAGCGGAGCUCGGGUUCCUCAAUGCUACAAGGCCAUGAUGAGGCUUGACAUCAUCGUUCCUGAUUCACAGGAAGCCGACAUGGUCGCGUAGGUCCUUUGACAUGUUCAUAGUAGAACACAAUUGUUAGGGUAAAGAAGCUUCAAAACAUGGCUGAUGAUGGAAUGGGCUCACAAAGCUAGAAUCUUUCUACAGUGGUGUUUGACACGUCUACCUAUGUACAAAAAUGAUUUUAUUUCAAUGUAAUUUACGCUAAAAUUUAUAAUUUA